GGCUGUAGGGUUUGGAUGAAUCAUUUGCGCCUCUUUCCUGGCCGCUUCGCAGCUAUGGAAUCUCGCAAGAGGGCCCGGAGCUUGAAGAUCGAAACUGUUGCAGUACAUGGAGGAGAUCAACAUGAUCCAGGUCAUGGCGCAAUCUUUCCGCCCAUCACCACCGCCACAAGCUUUGUUCAGCCCAACUUGGGAGAGGAAGGUCGCUUUGCAUAUUCGAGGUGUGGCAAUCCCACCAGGAAUGCCUAUGAGACUGCCAUUGCAGACCUUGAGGGUGGUUGCUGGGCCACUGCCACCGCAUCCGGGAUGGCGGCAACUGCUCUAGCAUUGGAGCUCCUACGGCCUGGGCAGCACAUCCUCGUGAUGAGGGGCCUCUAUGGUGGAACACAUCGAUUGUUUGAGAAGGUUCGAAGCUUCUCCAUGAACUUGCACUUCACAUUCUUGGAUCUCAACGAUGUAAAGAGCGUUUGUGACCAGAUCCGUGAGGACACUGGUAUGAUUUGGGUCGAAACACCGACAAACCCGUUGCUUGCGCUGGUGGACAUCCCACGCCUAGUGGAGGCUGUUGCUGCAGCGCGACAGGGGAAAGGCGAGCGAAUUCUCAUCUGUGCAGACAACACUUUCGCCACGGCAUGGAAUCAGCAACCACUCAAGAUGGGCGUAGAUAUUGUGAUGCUGUCGGCCAGCAAAUAUAUCGGCGGCCAUUCCGACAUGACCGGAGGCGCCUUGGUCACUGCAGACAAGACUUUGGCAGACAGGCUGGGUGCGUUAGCGAAGAGUGUGGGUGCCAUCGCUAGCCCCUUCGAAGCCUAUUUGGCAUUGCGAGGGAUGAAGACAUUGGCCGUGCGGAUGGAGAGGCAUUGUGGCAACGCGCAGAGGUUGGCAGAGUUCUUGUCGCAGCAUCCGCAGAUCUCGGAGGUGCAUUACCCAGGUUUACCCAGCCAUCCGCAGCAUUCGCUUUGCAAAAAGCAGAUGCGCACUGGUGGAGCUGUAGUGACUGUCCGGCUCAAAGGUGCAAGCAGUGGUGGUGAAACAGACUUGGAUGUAAUGAAGAGGUUCUUCAGCAAGUUACGCAUUUGGGUGCUGGCAGAGUCCCUUGGAGGGGUCGAGAGCAUGAUCAACCAUAGUGCAACCAUGUCACAUGGCUCAAUGACCAAGGAGCAACGAGCAGAAGUGGGAGUCUACGACACCACCUUGCGCCUCAGCGUGGGCAUUGAGGAUGUCACUGACCUCAUUGACGACCUCAAUGAAGCCUUGAAAUCAUGAGCCUAGCGUGAUCGUGACGCAGAGCUUGUAGUAGCAGAAAGAAGUGGGUGCAUGACUGGAUUCAAUGCAAAUCCAUAAAGCAUCUUGCAGU